GUCUUUGCCGCAAAAUUGGUCUUGUAAAAGGAGUCCCGGCCCUUCGUGCUUAUAAACUACAACAAUGUUGCCCAACUGAACUUUUUGGUUCUGCGAGAUUUUGGAGGACUCAGGUUUUUGGGAAAUAGUAGAUCAGUACGUUUACAUCACUGUCUUUUCUUUGUCAGAAACAAAUUAAGCGCUGAAAGAUGAAGGUUCAUGGGACGCGAUCUCAUGCUCGCGCUGCCGAAGAAGAUAAGGUAUUGACGAGGAAGCAGAAGGCUGCAGAAAGCAACGAACGGGAAGCUGUGCAAUCUCCAAAAAAGCCAAAGCCCGAAAAUGAUAACACCCAGAUUAAUGGAAGAUCUGCAGACGAAAUAGCUGCUGAGUUUGAAGAGUUCUCUAAAGCCAUUAGAGAGCAACUCUCCAUCCAACAAAUGCGGGAAAUACUGGAGGCUAAUGGCCAAGAUUCCUCGGGCCCUGUUUUUGAUAUUAUCUCUAGAUGCCAAGACUUACUGUUUUAUGGGCCAUUGGAGAGAUGCCCAGUUUGCAAUGGCAAUCUGGAAUACGCGCGCACACGCUAUAAAUGCACAGGGUUUUAUAGUGAGUGGUCUUCUUGCACCUUCAGCACAAAGGAUCCUCCAAGGAAACAAGAACCAACAAAACUACCAGAUUCUGUUCUCAAAUCCCCUGUUGCAGACUUAAUAAAGAAGUAUCAAGAUCCAAGUAGCCGGCCUCGAAGGAAUUUAGUCAUAAUCAAUAAACCUUUUACAGGGAUGGUGAUUUCUCUAACGGGCCGUCUUUCUCGAACACAUGAUUAUUGGAGAAAAGAGAUUGAAAAGCAUGGGGGGAAAGUUUCCAACUCCGUGAUUGGUGUAACUUGUUUGGUUGCUUCGCCGGCUGAGAGAGAACGUGGUGGUUCAUACAAACUUGCGGAAGCAAUGGAGAGAAGCAUACCUGUUGUAAGCGAAGCUUGGUUGAUAGAUAGCAUUCAGAAAAAGGAUCCACAGCCUCUUGAAGCUUAUGAUAUUGUUAGUGAUCUUUUGGUAGAAGGGAAAGGGAUUUCAUGGGAUAAACAAGAUCCUAGAGAAGAGGCAUUCGAAUCACUCACGACUGAACUAAAGGUUUUUGGCAAGAGAGGAGUGCACAAGGAUACUAUAUUGCAGGAGAAAGGUGGAAAGAUCUUUGAAAAAGAUGGGAUACUAUAUAACUGUGCUUUUAAUCUUUGCGACUUGGGGAGAGGACUGAACGACUAUUGUGUCAUGCAACUCAUCUCAGUACCAGGGAGCGGCUUGCAUCUGUUCUAUAAGAAAGGGAGAGUUGGUGAUGAUCCAAAUGCAGAGGAGAGCCUUGAGGAGUGGGAAAAUAUGGAUAAUGCUGUGAAAGAAUUUGUAAGGCUCUUUGAGGAAGUAACUGGAAAUGAGUUUGAGGCCUGGGAAAGAGAGAAGAAGUUCCAAAAGAAGCCACUCAAGUUUUAUCCUGUAGACUUGGAUGAUGGCGUUGAAGUCAGACAUGGAGGUCUUCGUCUUCGGCAGCUAGGAGCUGCAGUCGCUCACUGCAAACUUGAUCCUUUGGUUGCUAAUUUCAUGAAGGUUUUGUGCAGUCAGGGCAUAUACAAGUACGCAUUAAUGGAGAUGGGGUAUGACCCUCCGGAUCUACCAAUAGGGAUGGUCACUACUUUUCACUUAAAAAAGUGUGAGGAGGUUCUGCAGGAGUUCAUUGAUAAAGUGAAAUCAUUGAAAGAGACAGGGCAUAAGGCUGAGGCUGUUUGGUCUGAUUAUAGCCAAAGAUGGUUCAAUCUGAUGCAAUCCACUAGGCCUUUCAUCUUAAGGAACUUCCAAGAAAUUGCAGAUCAUGCUGCAGCAGCUGUAGAGACUGUUCGAGAUAUAACUGUGGCUUCACACAUUAUUGGAGAUAUGAGUGGCCCUACCCUUGAUGACCCUUUGUCGGAUCGAUACCAGAAACUAGGCUGCUCAAUCUCCCCACUGGAUAAAGGGACGGAUGACUACAAGAUGAUCCAGAAGUAUCUGGAUAGAACUUAUGAACCUGUUAAAGUUGGAGAUAUUGAAUAUGAUGUGACCGUUGAGCGUAUAUUUGCAGUAGAAUCGAAUGCGCUCCCUUCUUACGAUGAAAUAAAGAAGUUACCAAACAAAGUCCUUGCGUGGUGUGGCACGCGCAGCUCAAAUCUGUUGAGGCACUUGCAUCAAGGCUUCUUACCAGCAAUAUGCCAGCUCCCUGUCCCGAGUUAUAUGUUUGGGCCGGCGAUCGUCUGCUCUGAUGCUGCAGCUGAAGCUGCUAGAUAUGGGUUCACUGCGGUAGACAGGCCAGAAGGGUUCUUGGUCCUCGCAAUUGCUUCUCUAGGAAAUCAAGUUAUGGAAGCAAAGAAGGCACCCGAGGACACCAAGACUUUCCAAGAUAAGAAGAUCGGGGUGAAACGAUUGGGUCGAACGAAGACGGAUGAAUCAGAAUACUUCAUUUGGAAAGAUGACAUCAAAGUUCCUUGUGGUCGACUGGUUCCCUCGGGUCACCAAGAUAGCCCAAUUGAGUAUAAUGAGUAUGCAGUUUAUGAUCCUAAACUGGUGAGCAUAAGGUUCGUGGUGGAGGUGAAGUACGAUGAGAAGGGUGUGGUGAUGGACACAGAGGAGUGAAGGACAGGAUGCAAGAGGUUUUGUGUACAGUUCUGUGUCUGUCUUUUGUAACUGCUUUUACCUUUUGUACAGGGGAUGGAACUUUCUUUUGUUGGGAAGGUUGGAUGGUGUGUAUAUAAUCAUCCAACCUUCGGCUAAGAUUACAAUCUAUAACAUUAUCUAUUAUAUUAAGUA